AUUCGCUUUAGUGUUGGCUAAUGUGGAAUAUCAUCAAAAACAUAAAAGAAAAAGAAGGAAAGAAAGCUAUGAUAAUCCUAUCAAAAACUAGGAAAUUCUGCAACAAUUAAGCUGGACAAAUUCAAUCGCAUCAAGGCGGCCACGAGCAUUGAGGAAAUAGCUGCAAUGGAACCCUCAGCCUGCGAAGAUCUCAAGGCCUUCGAGCGGCGCCUCACCGAAGUGGUUUCAUCGUACCGUCCCUCGACGUUCCGCUGGCGCAAACUUCUUGCAGUUGUCCUCUCCGCCAUGUCCAUGUGCACGGCCAUCAGCGCCUGGUACUGGCUGCGCGACCCACGCACCACCGUCGUACCGCUGACGGAGUCCCUCUGGAUCCAUCCCAUCUUCACAGUCGCCACCCUGACACUGAUCGUCCUCUUCAUCCUGGGCAUACAGAAAUUGGUUAUAGCGCCGCAGAUUAUCACGUCCCGAACGCGAACGGUGCUGGGAGAUUUCAAUAUGAGCUGUGAUGACACGGGGAAGCUGAUACUGAAGCCGCGCCAGAGUAACAACAACAGUACAUGAGCACCGGCGCGCCCUCAGGACAUUUAAUUAGUUAAUGCUAGUUCCCUUCUCUUUGCUUAUAUGUUAAUUCGGACACCCUCGCUUUGUAAGCGUAUUUUUUACGUACCCCCUUAUUUCUCCUUUUUACCCUUGUUUAAUUAUAGAAGCUCCAAUGUACAAAACGGAAAAAUGAGAAAAAUCAAUUGUUAGACUUUAUGUGUUUCGUUAAUAGCGUUACCCAUCGCUGCCAAAUACAACAAGCUACAUUUCAA